GGGACCAGCCUCUGCAGCGGCCCUGCGCAGAGCCUUGAUGAGCGAGCGUCCCCUCCGCUGCGGUGACCCCCAGCGACUCGGCCCCGCCUCCGCCGGACAGGCCCGCUCUUCCGCGCGUCCCUCGUGGCCCUUUUGUGUUGCAGUCUUCAUCACUGAGUACCUAGAGGGUGCCAAGACCUGCCCGGGAAGGCCUCUUACCUGGUGACCCUUCUAAUCCUCUUGUCUCUCCCAGGCCGCCUUGGCUAGUGGUCUUUUUUCCUUCCCAGAUGGGCUUCCGGCGGGUGCCCUUCACUGAUUUUAUUUUCCUGUUUCCAAACCACGUCUGCCUGCCUUCCUCGCCGAAGGUAUGCCAGAGGCGGGGCAUCUCCUCCUGGCUGGCUCGAUGGUUUGCCAAAGGCCCAGCCAAGUCAGUGGUGGCCCUGAAAACGCCCAUCAAGGUGGACCUGGUGGCUGGGAAAACCUACAGGUGGUGUGUGUGUGGCCACAGCAAGAAGCAGCCCUUCUGUGAUGGCUCCCACUUCUUCCAACGCACUGGCUUAUCUCCACUCAAGUUCAAAGCCCAAGAGACUCGCACAGUGGCCUUAUGUACCUGCAAGGCCACCCAGCGGCCCCCUUACUGCGAUGGUGCCCACAAGAGUGAGAAGGUUCAGAAGGCAGAACUGGGCUCCCCACUCUGAGGGGUGGCGAUGGCUCCAGGUUCCUGGUAGGCUUCUUUUGUGGAGAAGGCAAAGGUGCUGAGCCCAGGAAGGGAGCAUCCUGGCAUCACAGCUACUUGUUUAGCAGUUGUUCCCAGGAACCAGUGCACUCCAGUCAGGCAGCUGGGAGCAGGUCCCUGGGUCAGCACCUGCUAGUACAGGUGGCAUUAAACAAUGAUGCUCACCCAGA